GCCACACACUUCCAUCUAACUCCACAAGCUAUAUCAAUCCAUGACUGGUAGAGAUUCUUCCACCUGAAAGCUAAGACAAAGAAGGAUCGAUCAAAUGACUGCGAACACAAGCACGAUGCCGAUCGUUGGCAAACUGUACUGUUCAUCGUCUCAGACGGUGCAUGUAGUGAGGAAGAGGCCACACGUGGUGAAUGGUGGUGGUUUUGUGGUGAUGGAUUCUAGUGCCCAGAGGGUUAUGUUCAGGGUCGAUGGUUGUGGUGUUCGUGGCAAAAAGGGAGACUUGAUCCUAAGAGAAGGAGAUGGAGACGCUUUGCUUCUCAUGCUUCGGAAGGGAGGCAUAGUUGAGGCCUUGAGCAUUUACAAGAAGUGGAAAGGUUACAGUUUAGACUACGAAGGAUCAAGGAAGCUGGUUUUCAGCUUGAGAGAACCGAAUUCUUGUUUGUUUAAGAACAAGGCAAUCAGAAUCUCCACCAGGAACAGAGGCUGUGAUUUUAAGAUCAGUGGCUAUUUCCCGGACAAGUGUUGUAGUAUUGUUGACUCAAAAGGCAACGAGGUAGCACAGGUGAGGGUGAUGAAGGAAGUGGAGGAUUUUUAUCAUGUGGUGGUGAAACCUGGGAUGGAUCAAGCUUUUGUUUUUGGAGUCAUAGCUAUUCUUGAUCACAUUUAUGGAGAAUCUACCGACUGCUAAAUUCAGAACUCAUCAGAUAUAUGCUCCGAGUCCUGUGAAUUUUUUAUUAUUAUUAUUAUUUUUUUAUGUUGAAUCGUGUAACCAAGUUGUGGUUGAAGAAUUUGUCUUGUAUAUUGCGGAAAAAUGUGGCUAUUAAGGCGGUUUUCCUUGUAUUAGAGGAGGUUGUCUUACAUUGGGGGGUAUGUCUUGUUAAAUAAAAGAAACAUCCUUCUUUAA